AUGGACUCAGAAAGAGCCCCGGUUUCGACAUCACGCCCCCCACGCCGAACCCGCGCAUGCAAGGGUUGUCGGAGUGCGAAAGUUCGACGCUCGGGGGGUGAGCCGUGCCAACGAUGUGCGCGACGGGGUUCCGAAUGCAUAUUUGCUACCGACAAAGACUUUGUCUCUCUGUCGGAGCGCUAUCUACGAGACUUGCGGCACCGAUUAUUCGAGAAAGAACACGGCGCCUCGACCGAAAGUUCGUAUGAGCCUCGGGUGGAGAUUCCGCCGUCCUCGUGUGUGCAGGCGUCAAUCUCGGUCGCGAAUCCAGCCUCUCCCAUCCUCUCGCAGACAGACGACAGUACGAGAACUUUGCCUGAACGAACAGCGAGAACAUGGUCGCCACCUUUGUUGCCAUCUGCACAAAGUAGUGUGGCAUACAGUAGGCCUCAAUUUGAACACCAGCCUAGUAGUUUGAAGAAUGCAGGACGAACCGUCACUUCUUCGAUUAUUCCUAUCACCUCAUCAAUUGCGCCUACAGCCAACAGCCGUUCUGGUGGGGGUGAAUCUCGGGACAGAGAUCAAGUUCAACGUCCCAGGAAUAGCAUCCUCGGUAGUGAAUUCGGUUUUAUCCCUGAUUCUCAAUCGUCUUUUUUCUGUAUAUUCAAACAUCUAUUCAACCUCUGCUGGAUAUCAAUUUACCAAGAAAUCUUUUCUCCCUGUUUGAUAGUAUUUCUUGGGCCAACUUCAACAUGGGCUUUCUGCCGCCAGGUGUUCACCAUUCUUGAAAAUGCUGUCAAUAGUCCCGAUACACCUCUAGCGCCAUUGAACUUGGAUGGAGUGGCAUUUAUCUUACAAUGGCAAUCUAAGCUUGAAGUGGAUGGUGAUGACUUGUCACGUUUGCCACCAAUGGGUCAUGCCCUCUUUCAAUAUAACACAGUCAAAUUUCGCCUAGGGGAGCUAUCAUGCAUUAUUGAUGAGCCCAGCUUCCUUGAAACCUUUUAUGCCUUUCACAAGAAUCCGUUAGAGACUGCUCACGAACACCGUUUGUGGUUUAUCGAAUACCUUCUGAUCCUUGCCUCGGGCAAGGCACUCACAUCUGGGUAUGGUAGUCCCUCUCGUGCACACAAGACUCUCAACGGCUCUUAUAUGGCUGCACGGGCCUUCUCACUGUUGCCGGAUAUGGCAGUUCUCCAAAACAACCGCCCGGCGCUUUUAGCUAUGAGAGUUUUGGCUUUAUCAGCGCUGUAUCAUCACGCUGUUGACAUGCGUUCAUCAGCAUAUCAAUAUGUCAGUGCCGAUGUUCCUUUUACUCGCUUUUUGAUUUCCAGAAGACCGACUUUUUGA